AUGGGUGUUAUGCGUCUCCCACGCCCAACGGGCAUCUAUGUCCCCAAUUCACCAAGAACCCUCACCAACGAUAUGAUCUCUCCACCACUCUCUCCCGAAUUCAGUUUCGAUUCCGAGACAGUCACACCAUCUCUACUCCCAGCUCUAGAAUACAUCUCUACCAAACUCCAACAAAGAAUGAUGCAUGUCACCCUCCUCAUCGGCCGCGGAAAGCCCUACCCGACCGGUCAACCCUCCGACUUAAUGAUCAUUCCCAUCCACCCAAUCGAGCCACAAGCAUGGCGAGUACUCGAGCGCGCCAUUGCCAAAGGCUCAAGAAAGUUCUCACUCGGCCCUAGCUGGACCGACGCCAUCAGCCGCAGCCAGUAUGAGCGCCAGGCAAACGACCACCUCGUCAAGCAAUCCAUUCUUCAAAACGAAGUCAUCUUCAGCCAGGAGGGUCUAACACUCCUGAACAUGGACCGCAUUUAUACCUUCAAGCGUCGCAUGUGUAUUCUCUCUACCCGUCCCUUUUCCUGUGAUGACGAACAAUCAAUGUCAUCCUGCGUCCGACUCCUCCACCGUAUCGUCGAUGAUUUCUCCGGUCGCGCCUUCACCAAAGCUUUCUUCCAUCGCGUCUAUGAACAACUCAAUGUCCCAGACGAGCAGCUCACUGCCGUCGCACUUGCGUACAAGGAUGUCCAUAAUCAGGAUGCUAUAAUUCUUCCCGUUUUAGCCAAAGCCCCAGCUCCAGCUCCAGCGCCAGUUCCGACCAAAGCCGAGGCCGUUGUUCCAGCAAAAGCAACUGUUCCAGUGAAAGCAAUUGUUCCAGCAAAAGCAAUUGUUCCAGCAAAAGCAAUUGUUCCAGCAAAAGCAAUUGUUCCAGCAAAAGCAAUUGUUCCAGCAAAAGCAAUUGUUCCAGCAAAAGCAACUGUUCCAGCGAAAGCUGUUGUUCCAGCGAAACCUAUUGCUCCAGUGAAAGCAAUUGUUACAGCGAAAGCUACUGUACCAGCAAAAGUUCCAGCACAGAUUCAAGCCACUGUUCCAGCAAAGGUCACACCCAUAGUUCAGAACAAAGCCCAGGCAGUUCAAAUCAAGCCCCAGGUCAAAGCUGAGCAAAUCAUUUUGAAACCCAAGGCUGAUCCCAUUCCUAUCCGGGUGAAGGCCGAACGUCCUCGGGAAGUGAAGAGAUCGCCCAUCCAGACUGUGCGCGGUCGGAGACAGCCUCCACCAUCAAAGAUGCGAGGACAGAAUAAGCGUGGGCCCAAGACACCUCUUUCUGCGUCGGAUGUCACCCCCAUCACGCGGAACGAGUGGAAUAUCCUUGUCAGCCAGGAUAUUCGUGUGCAGCCUAGAGUUACCAAGUGGACCCCGUCGCCGACUGUUCUAGCGUUGGCCGCUGCUUGA